CGCAGUGCAAAAUGACGAGUGAAAUUAUAAGUUUUUAUAAGGACAAAACGGUGUUUAUAACCGGAGGCACAGGAUUACUCGGCAAAGUGGUCGUAGAAAAGCUAUUAAGGGCGACGGAUGUGAAACGUAUAUACUUCCUGGUUAGAACCAAGCGGGGUGAGAAAAUGGAAGCACGAUUUGAGUCCUGGAAAAAGGAUCAGGUGUUUGAAGUUCUACUAAACAAAAAUCCACUUGCGCUGGAAAAGAUGACUCCGAUUUCGGGUGACUGCUGUGCCCCGGACUUGGGCAUCAGCGAGACAGAUCGAAGGAUACUGGCCGCGGAGGUGCAGGUGCUCAUACAUGGAGCCGCUUCGGUUCGAUUCGAGGAGCCACUCGAACAUGCAGUGGUCAUCAACACCAGGGCAGUGCGUCUCAUUACCCAGCUGGCGAAGGAAAUGCGACUGCUCGAGUCCUUCGUCCACGUCUCAACAGCGUUCUCCAAUUGUGUGGUGGAUCAAAUCCAGGAGCGAUUCUAUCCGGAACACCUGUCCUGUCCCGUUGACAAGGUGCUUGACAUGCACAAUUCGGUCAGCUCCGAAACGUUCGAAAAGAUGGCACCAGCCUUGAUUGGAAAAUUCCCAAACACAUAUACCUACACCAAGGCACUGGGCGAGCAGGUGAUCCAGGAGGAGGCGAAGGGUUUGCCCGUAGGCAUCUUUCGACCAGCGAUCAUUUUAUCCACGUUCAAAGAACCAGUGCAAGGAUGGGUUGAUGGCCUGCAAGGGCUGAUAGCCAUGAUAUUUGCCACUGCGUACGGGUUUGUUCACUUAUUGCUGGUUAAUCUGAAAGUUAAUGCUCCCAUAGUUCCGGUCGACUACUGCGUCAACGUGGCCAUCGCCUCAGCUGUCCAGAUAGCUAAGAUCUCAAAGCAAAAUAAAAAUGGACCGCCGCCCAUUUACGCUUUCACGCCCAGCGAAUCAAAUUUGGUGACUUAUGAAGAUCUGGCUGGGCUAUGCUAUCAAAAUGGUCUGGAGGUACCAAAUGCGAAAAUGAUCUGGUACCCGUUUACCCAUUGCACCAGAUGCCCCUAUCUGUAUAACAUUGGUAUCUUAUUCUAUCACAUGCUGCCUGGAUAUUUGCUAGACAUUGUGCUGCGUCUGAAAGGCCAAAAGCCGAUGAUGAUCAAGAGUUAUCACAAGGUCCACGAGGGGAUGCGGAGUUUGCUGCCCUUCUCUAGGAAAACCUUUACCAUGGACAUGAAAAAUACCAACGAAAUGUGGCAGUCCAUGUCGCCGGAGGAGAAGGAGAUGUUCAACUUUGAUAUGUCAACAUUGAACUGGAAGGAGUAUUUUACGUGUCUCAUGGACGGAAUACGAUUGUAUUUGUUUAAGGACCUCCGGACGCCGGAUUCCGUUGCCGAGGGAAAGCGGAUUUUAAAAAGGUUUUAUGUAUUGGACAGGAUUCUUAAAACUGUAUUAGUUACAUUAUUUGGUGGCUUUAUUUGGUUAUUAAUCACAAAUUUAGUGCCACUACUGUAACUAUUUUUUUUUAUCUCUUAAAUGAAAUUAUCUCCAGAAAAUAACUGUAAGCCACAUUGGUUUUUACAGGUUUUAUGUAUUGGACAGGAUUCUUAAAACUGUAUUAGUUACAUUAUUUGGUGGCUCUAUUUGGUUAUUAAUCACAAAUUUAGUGCCACUACUGUAACUAUUUUUUUUUUUUUAAUUCUUAAAACAUGCACCGGGUUGAAGGCUAAAUAAAUAAUGAGUUUGUUCUUGAUGGAUCUCAAAACAAAAAUUUUUAUUAAUGUGUUUAGGGGUGUAUUCGGCGUAAUAACUAAUAUUGGAUUCUUGAAAAGUCUAUUAGAAAUGUGAAAUGUAAAGGAAGUUUAAAGUCGAAUUUGUUCUACGCGGUUCGAGUAUCUGUUUAUAAAAUAUUCAUACGCACCAAUUGUUGCGCAAUUGUUUGGCAAUCGAAGCUUGUUCGAACUAUAUAAUUACAAAAUAGCGAAUAAAUUAACACGUCUGCAUUUCGAUUUCCCAUAUAAAUUAGCCAGUCAAUCGGCCACUCAUUAUCCAAGCACAUUCAUUAGGCUCGAGCCAGACUCACUGUCCAAACACACUCAGCACAUGGGUGCACACCCUCGAAUCCAAUUACCUAUACCACAAACCAUCUGUCCAACUACCGGGUUUACUACUCCCUUUCCCUGGGAUGCACUUCAACCCGGCGCACAACGUUUUCCAAUUAGCCAAAUGGAUAUAUCAGAGGCCGCCACGCCACUUGACACCUAAGCGGUUCCGAUCGGAUCCUCUGGACCGCAAAGUGAUAAAAAAUCUCGGGUUCUAAUUUCAUUGUAAUUUCAGCGUAAGAAAGGCAAGGCUAAUUGUUUGCUUAGCACAGGUCAACUGCAAUGCUCAUGGUUUAGGUUUAAUGGCCCAUGUUUAACUGGGCGUAUACGUAAUGUGCAGCGUUGCAGGGUGAACUUCUCCAGCUCGCUAAGUAAGUGUUUACGACGCGAUGCCAUUGGACAUGUGGAUGGAUGUGUGAGUGAGAGUUUGGCCAGACAAUUGAUAUUUUGCGAUCGACGAUUCUGGGUAUAAAUAACUGGUGAAAAAACACCGAACACCUCUCAUUCAAGCAUCAGUCGCGUCUGCGCCGUUCUACGUCGGACAUCGGAUUACGGAUAGCUGAAUACGGAAUACGGAUUUCCGGCCUGUCUUCGCGAAAAGGAUCGUAAUAAGAGCCCAUCGGAAAUGGCAACGGAUGUGCAAUCUUUUUACAAAGACAAAACUGUCUUCCUAACAGGCGGCAGUGGAUUCCUUGGAAAAGGUAUUCCGUCUUCUAGUUGACAGUUGACUCAAUAGAUCUGCUAAAGUGUGGUGUAAAUGCAUUAAACGCACAUAAAUUUAAAGGCCAAAUUCCUGUGAUUUGGACUUUUGCAAGCUAUUUGAUAUAUAGAUGACAUGCAUCUGCCCAGAUGGUUAAAAGUUUGAUGCCCAAAACAAGCGAUACGCAGAACCGGCUGUAACAGUUCCAAAUAUCAGAUCAAAUUCAAGAUCAAGAACAAGUUUAUUGCCGUUUCAGUGACCAUUGCGAAGCUGCUCUGCACCACCGAGGUGAAGCGCAUCUAUGUGCUGCUCCGUGCCAAACGCGGCCAGGAAAUGCGGGAGCGAUGCGCCGCAUGGGAUAAGGAUCCGGUAUUCGGUAAUCUAAUGAAAACAAAUCCCGAGGCUCUGAAGCGCGUGGUACCUUGUGGUGGCGAUUGCCAGGAGCCGGAUCUUGGCCUGAGCAACAGCGAUCGUCAGGUUUUGAUAGAUGAGGUGCAGAUUGUUAUCCACACGGCGGCCACUGUGCGUUUUGUGGAGCCGCUGCACAUCGCCCUGGCUGUUAACACCCGAGCCACCCGACUCAUGAUUCAACUGGCCAAGGAGAUGUCCCACUUGGAGUCCUUUGUCCAUGUGUCCACCGCGUACUCAAACUGCGUGGUGGAGCACGUAAGUGAACGCUUCUAUCCGGAGCACUUGACCUGCCCUGCCGAAAAGAUCCUAGAGCUGCUGGAAAGCAUAAGUCCUGAGCUAUUGGAUAAAAUGGCACCGGCGCUGAUGGGCAAGUAUCCCAAUACGUAUACGUAUACCAAGGCUCUGACGGAGCAGGUGAUCCAGAAGGAGGCGAAAGAUUUGCCGCUUAGCAUUUUUCGUCCGGGUGUCAUAAUUGCCAGCUAUAAGGAGCCCAUGCCCGGCUGGAUCGACAACCUGUACGGACCCAUUGCAGUUCUCUACGGAGCAGCCUUCGGAAUACUGCAUAUCACACUGCUUAAUCUUAAGGCCCAGGCUGGAAUUGUACCCGUGGAUUACUGCGUCAAUAUGGUGCUGACCUGCGCUUGGAACACGGCCCGGGAUACAAGUAUCAAGCUAUCGCCGGAGCCACCUAUCUACAAUUUUACGCCAAAUAAUGAUAACCUGAUAACCUGGGGUGGAUUUCGGGACAAGGCGGCGAGGCUGCGGUACACGUAUCCACUGACCAAGAUGAUGUGGUUGCCGUUUCUGCAUUGCACCACCAUUCCCUGGCUAUUCCGGUUCACGGCCAUCUUUUAUCACCUGCUCCCCGGCUAUGCCAUUGAUCUGGCCUUGCGUUUAUGGGGCAAAAAGCCACGUAUGAUCAAGUUGUACGACAAGAUCCACAAGAACAUUGAUAUUCUGGCACCCUUUGUGAUCACAUCCUGGUCGUUCGAUACCGUCAACACCCGCAAGUUGUGGGCCAAAAUGUCUGUCGAGGAUCAAAAGCUUUACGAUUUUAAUAUGAGCAGCGUCGACUGGGAUGAUUACUUCCUACAGGCACUGGCCGGAGUUCGCAUCUAUCUCGCCAAGGAGGAACCAGGACAGGAGGUAGUGGAAAGGGGACGAAAGAUCUAUAAAAGGUUUGAAUUUCUUCAUCGGCUGCUGCAGUUCACUCUUUGUGGCGGUGCUGCCCUAAUAUUGUGGUCAAUUUUGAAGCGACUACUGGGCUCAUUUGUAUAAUAAUCACAAAUAAAGUUAAUUGGCUAUGAUUUACUCACUCUUUAUAUCUCAUUUUUAACAUCAAAAACAGCAAUUAUAUAGGCGUUAUCAUAGCUAUAGCUAUUUUUAUAAAGCAAAAACCAUCAUUACGUUUUUUGAACGUUCUUUUAGAAGGAUAAUUUUCAUAUAACACGCAAAUUAAGACAAAAAGCAACUUGUAUGCAAUUAAUAAAUGUUUUGGCCGAAGUAUUAAGCUUGAACUCACUAAUGGGCUGAGGAGAACAGGAUGCUAUCAAUUGAUGAAUAAGAUUACACCACAGACAAAGUUGUAGAAACAGCCCUGCGAUUCCCGCCAUUUGAACGUGACAACAGUUGGCAAUAGACUGAGCCAGGCCAAAAGCCCAAUGCCAUUUACAUGGCCAAUCACUUUGGACCGAGGCUGUGAAUUGGACGCAUCCGUUUCCGCCGCGAAUUCCGGACCAAACCAGACGGAAGCUGUCGAACGUCGCCGGGAAAGACGGGGUUACAUUUGCCGCCAUUUUCCAUCGAUUAAGUUAAUUCGAUUUGGGGAUUAAGAGAGGGGUCGGUUAGAAACACUAACAAAAAUUGGGAUAACUUAUAAUUAAGAAGGAUGAGAAGAAUAAAUAGUUUGUUUAAACAGCUAUGCAAGUUAAGACAAAACAAUUUUUCAAGUGACAUUUAAUGGAUAUUAUUUAUCAAACAAGGGCACCACUUAAAUAAAUAUAGUUUGCUAUCCAGCC